CUACAUCCUACCGCGAUCCUUGCGCGAGCCAGUCUAUACCACAUUCUAUAACGAACAUCCCUAUCACCAUCAUGUUGACCAACGGAACUCUUGCAAUUGCCAUUGUCAAGCGCCAAGUCAUGGUUGUCCAAGCUACCCGCUCCCACACAACACGCGACAAAUACCUAGACGUCAACACUUUCUCCCUCUUUGGCGACGGUGUCUUCCUCGCCUCAGACGUCCCAAAAGCGCGCAUCGCGUCGUCUGACGUCCUCACCAUAUUUCCAUCCACUCACGUCGCCUCACAGGGCUUGCUCGAGCUGCCCAAACAAGCGUUCUCCGAGUUUGUCGAGAUCAGCUCUCGGUAUCAGAAGCGAUACGAGAGUCUUUGGAAUUCGUGGAUCUCUAAACAUUGAUUCACUUCGGGUCCUCUCACAUCCUGCACCUUUGAUAGGUGUAUACUUCGCCAUGAUUACCUGCCAUAUCCACGACUUGCACCAGCUUAUACCCGCACACACAACUUGGUCUCCGACAACCACUUGUAGCUCUAGGAUUUGAUUUUACUGUAUCGUUAGCUCAGUUCCAACUGUAUCACUACCGCCUCUCUGUACCACGUACACCAUAUACACCCAUAUGCCCUAUGCACAUUUAUGCGUUU